CCUGCGGGUCUGGGGCUGCGUGUGUGUGGGCGCUUGAAGUGCGGAGCUGCCCCCACGUGGCAGCCUCUAAGGGCAUGCCCGCAGCACGGGCUCCCAUGCACCCCAGCAGGCAAGGCACGUAACCGGCCAGCGGCUCCCUCAGCAGCACCAUGGCUAGCUUUCACGCAUGCCUCGAGAUUUCAGAUAAUCCCACGAUGGCUGAAUCACCCAGUGAAAUUUCUGACAGUCUGGAUGUUCUUGAGGCUGGUGAUGAGGGAAAGAAGAAAUCCAAAUUUAAAGCCCUUAAGAGCUUUUUUGGUAAGAAGAAGAAAAAAGAGGCUGAAGAUAGCCAGGAAGAAGAAGUUCUAGAACCGAGUUUGUCCGGAAGCAACAUUAACAUCUUUUCUCAGGAGCCCGUUCAGGAAAAUCAACCAACUGGGGCCAGGGCCAAGAGUGGCAUGGGGAGCAAAGCCCUAUCUCAUGAUAGCAUCUUCUUCUUGGUUCCUGAGCCUGAAAGAUCAGCAAGUAAAAUGAGGCCUUCUGUGGAUCCCCAGAGAGGCAGACCUCAGCAGAGAUCCCAUAUUUCCAGAACUCUGCCUAAACCUAAGAGUAAUGUGCCUGGAGCUGUGUCUGGAGCCAUGUCAGGAGCUGUGCCUCAAGAUGUGCCUGCAAGUGCAGUCUGUGUUACGAGGCCCAAGAUCACUGAGAAGCCACCAUCGCGCCGACGCCGACUCAGCAUCAUCCCACCUGUUGUCCGAUCUGAUCCAACUUCUAAGGACUUGGUAGAAAUUUCUGUCGAUGAUGAGUCACCUAAGAAUCCACAAAAAAAGGCUUUACCACAGGGGAUUUUGACAGCAACUCAGAGCUUCUCUGAGCGAUUACCUGGACCUGACUGCUCACAGUCCUUGACUGCAUUUGCCACACUUGCCUCUGCCAGUAGCACCCCACUGCCGGUUGGUUUCAGCACCCCAGCCACCACCGAGGCCUGUUUGGAUUCUUCAGCUGCUCGCCACAAGAUGACUUUAAAUCCCCGCAAACAAAACAAGAAGAAGAACCUUCAAGCAAUUGUAAAACCAAACCAGGAGGAGCGAAACCUUCCAUUGGUUUCUGGAGAAGAAAAGAAUGUAACCAAACCAAAAGAAACCAACCAAAAGAAGCUGGGUUCCUCAAGCAAGGAACAGAGCAAGAAAACUGAAAUAUACGACAAGAAGACAACAGACCAGGCUCCAAACUCUGAUGCUACUGGGAGUCAGGGCCAUCCACUACCAGAAGCAUCUGGAAGAAAACGGAGAAAAAAAGGAGCAAGUGUUUCAGGAUUGAGUGAGUGUGAAUUCAAGGAAAGAAGCCUUAAACAAUAUCGCCUGGGCGAUGGAGCUGCAUCCUCACCUACUGAUAAGACUGCCAGGAAUGUGCCUUUCUGGCACUUACCCUUGGAGAAGGACAACAUGGAGCAGCCUACACCUCCACAACCAGAAAGCACUACCCCUCAGGGGUUGCUUUCAGAUAAAGAUGACAUGGGAAAGAGAAAUGCUGGCACAGAUUUCGGAUCCAGAAAAGCAUCAGCAACACAGCCUAUACCUGAAGACAUGAAAGAUCCCAUGGUUACUGAUCCACAACCAUACCAUGAAAAUGGGGCUCCUGCAGCUGAGAAGACAGAAGCCAGAGUGUCUCUUUCAUUGAUGGUGGAAAGCCGUUCUACAACCCAAGAGGAGGCCAUUCUCUCAGUGGCAGCAGAGGCUCAGGUGUUUACAGAUCCUUCUCAUAUCCAGUCACGAGAGAAAGAAACUUUCAGCUUUGAGUCACAAAAGGCCCAAUCCAAAAUGAAGUCAGCCCAGGAUAUUCAAACUAUCUACAAAGAAAAGCCUUCUGGAAAUGUUCGCCAGGCCUUUACAGCAAGUGUUUUGAGUAUGACAGAUACUCCAGCCAAAGGAGAGGUUUAUGCCAAGAGUCUGCCUCCUGAAAGCCUUUUUCAGUCCUCUAGGAAGCCUGAUGCUGAAGAAGUCUCCUCAGAUUCAGAGAAUAUUCCCGAGGAGGGGUAUGGUUCUGAAGAACUGGCUUGUGGUCACUCUUCCCAGUCCUCAUUGAAGUUUGAAGAUGAACAAAAAGUCUUCUCAGAAUCAAAAAGUUUGGUUGAGGACCAGAGCAGCUCUGAGGAAGAGCUGGACCCCAGAUGCCCUUCCCAGGCUUUAGAGGAGCCUGAAUAUGAAGUCCUCACAGACUCAAGCAGUUAUAUUGAUAAGUAUAACAGUUCUGAGGACUGCAGCAGCUCGGAGGAAGACCUGCCUCUUGGACACCCUGCUCAGGCCUUGGAGAAGCCCAAAGACCAACAAGAAGUCGCCUCAGCUUCAAAGAGUACUCCUGAAGAGCAGACUGCUUCCGUGCUGCAGCUGCCUCCCAGAGGCCCUUCUCAGCCCAUUAUGAGUCCUGCUGUUCAGCAACAAGUUCGCACCAGUUCAGUGGGCACUUCUACAAAAUGGAGCAGUUCCGUGGAGCCAAUCUCUCCAAGACGCCCUUUUGAGGCAUGGGUGAUUCCUAAAUCUGAGCAAAAAGUCUCCACAGGUCCAGAGAGUGCUGCUGUUGAGGGCAUUUUUCCAGAACCUCUGCCUCCCAAAAUUCCUCCUAAGCACCGGAUGAGACCUAAAGCAGAGCAACAAGGCUCCUCAAGUCCAGAAAUUACAAGUAUGGAGGGGGCUGCUUCUGUGGAGGCCCCACCACCCAGCCAGUAUUCUCAGCCCCUGAUGAGCCCAGGAGUCCAGCAAGAAGUCUCUGCAGGUCCAGAGACUGCUGCUGUUGAGGGGAGCAUUUCCGUGCAGCAAAGGCCUCCCAAACACCCUUUCCAGCUAUCGGUGAAUCCGAAAGUGGAGCAAGAAGUUUCCUCAUCUCCAAAGAGCAUGGCUGUUGAAGAAAGUGUUUCUAGGAAGCCUCUGCCUCCUAAACUUCUUUCCCAGCCCUUGAUGAACCCUAAAGUUCAAAAGAACAUGAUCUCAGGUUCAGAGGACAUUGCUGUUGAGAAAGUCAUCUCUGCGGAGCCACUGCUCCCCAGAUAUUCUCCUCAGUCCUUGACAGAUCCUGAAAUCCAGCAAAUCUCAGAAAGCACAGCUGUUAAGGAAGGCACUUCUGUGGAGCCACUGCCUCCCAGAUGCCUUUCCCAGCCCUCCGGGAGGUCUAAGUUCCUAGACUCAAUGAGUACUUCUGCAGAAUGGAGCAGUCCUGUGGAGCCAAUGCCUGCUGGACACACCUUCCAACCACGAGUUAGUCCUAAAUUUCAGUGGCAAGUAUCUGAAGGUCCAGAGAGCACUGCAGCUGAUAGGAGCAUUUCUAUGCAGUCGAUGCCUCCCAGACAUCCUUUCCAGCCACGCGUCAUCCCUACAUUUGAGCAACAAGUCUUUGCAGGUCCAGAGACUGCUGCUGCUGACUGGGGCAUUUAUGCAAAUCCACAGCCUCCCAGAGUGCCUUCUCAACGCAGGAUGAGAUCAAGAGCCAAGCAAGCAAUUUCCUUGCAUUCAACGAGCAUUUCUGCAGAAAGGUGCAGCUCUGUGGAGCCAACAUCUCCCAGACGCCCUUUCCAGCCACAGGUGAGCCCUACAUUUGAGCAACCAGUCUCCGCAGCUCCAGAGAGCACUGCAGCUAAAGGGACUGCUUCUAUGGAGCUGAGGCCUCCCAGACAGCCUUCUCAGCCCCUGAUGAGACCAGCAGUAGAGCAAAAAGUCUCCUCAGGUUCAAUGAGCACUUCUGCAGAACGGAGCAGUCCUGUGGCACCUUCCAAAUACACUGUCCAGCCAUGGGUGACCCCUAAAUUUGAGCAACUGUAUCAACUCUCUGCAAAUCCAGAAAGCACUACUGUUGAAGGGAACAUUUCUAAGGAGCCGCUGCUUCCCAAACAUCUUUCCCAGUUUACUGUGAGAGAUAGAAUCCAGCAACUGUCUUCAAAUUUCAAGAGCACUGCUGUUGAGGCAGGCAUUUCUGGGGGGCCACUGCCUCCAAAAUCUCCUACCCAGUUCUUAACGAGGUCUAAAGUUCAAGAAAUGACCUCGCAUCUAGAGAACGUAGCUAUUGAAGGCAUUUCUAAGAAAUCAAUGAUUCCCAGGCGUCCUGCCCAGUCAUUCGUGAAGUUUAUGGCACAGCAGAUCUUUUCAGAGAGCUCUGCUCUUAAGAGGGGUGGUGAUGUGGCACCUUUGCCUCCAAAACUUCCUCCCAAAUCUUCGUCGAAGCCUAAAGUCAAGCACCAAGUUUUUUCAGAUUGGGGGAAUGCUAAUCCUAAGGGAGGCGUUUCUUCAAAGAUGCUGCCUGCGAAGCACCCUUUACAGUCCUUGGGGAGAACUGAAGACCCACAAGAAGUUCAAGAAGUUUUCUCAUAUUCAAAGAGUGCUCCUGGGAAGUGCAGCAGUUCUAAAGAGCAGCUGCCUCCCAGACAGCUUUCCCAGGCCUUGGGGAAACUUGAGUAUGAGCAAAAAGUCUCUUCUGUUUCUGCCAGCUCUCCUGAAGAGUGGAGGAAUUCCAGAAAGCAGCUGCCUCCCAAACAUUAUUCCCAAGCCUCAGAUAAGUCUCAAGUCCAGCCACAGAUGUCAUCAAUGGGCCCAGUGAAUGUACCUGUAAAACAGAGCAGCAGUGAGGAGCACCUGCCUCCAAGUAGCCCUUUCCAGCAACAGGUUCAUUCAAGUUCUGUGAAUGCUGGUGCUGGGCGAUCUAUUUUUGAGACCAAUUCUGACAACUGGUUCCUACAAAGAGAUCAAGCUUUUGCAGACAAAACCAAGAAGUUCAGCCAAGAUUCUAAAACCCGCAUAAAGAGCAUCCUGGCCCCAGCUACCAAACCUGGGAAGUUCACCGUUCCCCCUGCUGGGCAAACAUCCACUUCCAGGGGCAUUUACUCCAAGGAAGAAGUUCUCGAGAGUGGUGAUGAAAAUAAUAACCAGCAUUCAAGCCUAUCCAACCAGGCACAUGUUGAAAACCUUUUUGGAGUUCGACUGAGGAAAGUCCCUGCCUUGCAGAAGUAUGAGAGUGAGAAACAAGAUGACUUCACCCAACCUGCUUCAGUGCCCUUGGGCCCAGUUUCAUCCUUUGUAGGUAAGGGGCAUAAAAUCAAAAGAAGCACAUCCGAGGAGCUCCAGAAUGCUGCAGGGAGCCUCACCAAAGUAUCUAACUUGGCAGAGAAGCAACAGAGCAGGCCAAAAUCUGAAAGCAUGGCCAAGAAGCAACCUGCUUGCAAGACCCCAGAAAAGCCUGCUCAUCAACAGUCACAUUAUGCCGUCUCAGAGCCAGCUUGGAUAACUAUGGAAAAGCAGAAGGAGAUGGGUUUCAAGGCCCAUAUUCCUAUGAAAGAGCUGAAAACCAAGAGCACAGCUGGAGCCAAGGCUGAAACUAAGGAGCCUAAAUAUGGGGGAGCUGACCCUGCAAAUGAAAACCAAGCUAAAAAGAUUUUCACUUCCAAUGUCUACAAACAGGAGAAGAGAGCACAGAUGAAGCCACUUAAGCCUAUAAAAUCAGUUGGAUUUGAGGCUCAGAAGACACUACAAAUGCCUGCCAUGGAAAAAGAAACCGAACAAUCUUCAACUGUCCCAGCCAAGUUCCAAGAGCCAGGUGAGCCAGUUGAGCCUGUCUGGUUCUCCCUGGCCAGGAAGAAAGCCGAAGCAUGGAGCCAUAUGGCAGAGACCACAGAAUAAAGAGCUCUUGUAUGGAGCAUCAGCAUUUUAAAUGAUAAUUGCUAAUAACCGUAUUAAUUCUAUGUAGUGAUCUUUUCACUGUGUGACCACUUUUAUUAAGCAUUUUAAAUGAUAAUUGCUAAUAACCAUAUUAAUUCUAUGUAGUGAUCUUUUCACCGUGUGACCACUUUUAUUAAGCAUUUUAAAUGAUAAUUGCUAAUAACCGUAUUAAUUCUAUGUAGUGAUCUUUUCACCGUGUGACCACUUUUAUUAAGCAUUUUAAAUGAUAAUUGCUAAUAACCGUAUUAAUUCUAUGUAGUGAUCUUUUCACCGUGUGACCACUUUUAUUAAGCAAAAUAAGUAUUAAGCAAAGUAUGAAUUUAUUAAGCAAAAUAAGAAUUUAUUAAGCAGCACAGCCUUAGAAAUGAGAAUUAAAACAUAAUUAUUUGAAUGAAAUAAAUGCCAUGAAUGCUUCAACUUCCAUAUAGUCACUGCCAGCAUCCAGAAACCCAGCAUUUUCUCUAUUAAAACUAUGGGAAACAUUUGCACUGCUGUAGAAUUUGCAAAGUCUUUAACUUUGGACAAUGUGCUUUAGAAGGGAUAAAGCAAAAACAUUUUGUUGGAGCAACUAAAAAAUUGUCAUUUCUCUCAGCCAAAUAAAGUGAUUCUAAUGGAAACAUUCAGAUGAUUUGAUGCAAAGAUUGGCCUUUAGGAUUUAUGAGCCUAGAUGGCUCAUAAAUGAGGCAGAAUGCUAGAUGGAUGCUGCAAUUAUUUGGUUGUUGCUCCAAGCUUUGCAAAGGCUCCUAGAAGAGGUGGUAGAAGUGAAAAUUCUGGGUCUCCAAGAAAAUUUCUGCACAGCCAGUUCUCCAAUCAGCCUGCUGCCCCUUGAAACACCUUCCCUGUAUCCCUGGGGGCUCCUGAUGCUUUCAUCUUGAGUGAUAGUAACAUACAGAGCACUUACACAAAGCUCCCUCUUGGCACAUGUCCCAUGUCGACCUGUCACAGGCCUGGCUGCAGCACCUCCCUAUGAGGCAGAAUGCUUCUUGGAAAUUAUCUUACUCCUCUGUAUGGCUAGUCCAUCAGUGCUUUGCUUCUUGUCUCAAUACUACUGUGACCCCCUCUGAUUGCACAGAAAUCACUGCCUGUCAUAUAUAUCCUGUUAAGCACUGAAGAUCCUAUUGAAAUUAGAGUUCUACAGGUGCCAAAAGCUGUACUUUCCAUCAAGCAGAUGGCAAGCUUACCACCUUGAUGCACAUCUGGGGCCACUGGAGCUCCUUCCUCUCUGGUUCCAGCCUUAAGGUGCAGAACUCCAUGAAGCUUCUUGUCCUUUCUCCUCAGCUGUCUUUGCUUCACAAGGUUUUAGCCCAAAGCAAGAGUGUAAUCUGAAAGCCACAGAGAAAUGAACUUUCUGCUAACUGGAAGCUUUGAGUAAAUCAGUUUUUUCCCACUCUCAUUCCUAGAGGCACACACCUCAAAAGUUACUAGGCUAGAGAGACCCUACCUUCCAGUGACCCACUCAUCCCCCAGCCACGGAGAAGAGGGAAGGCCAAAAAGGAAGAGUGAGAAAGAGGAUGAGAGGGAUGGUCAGCUAUGAGGGGAGGGGGCAAGUAGCCCAGCAAAUGUUGAUGCCUCCGUUUCCAUCUUGCCACACAGCCUUUUUCUUUUGCAGCACUGCCUCCAUUAACAGCUCCUUGGCUGAGGAUGAAGAUGUAGGUACUUUUGCCCCAGAGCCGGUUCCUGAAUUGGUUGGCUUUCUGAUAUGCAGACCACCCCAGAAUCUCAUCUAGGUUCACUAGAAGUUAGUUAAAUCUUCCUUUUUAUGUCUUUCCCUUCAUUCCAUCCCCCAAACCCACCAAACACUAAAGGAGAGCUCCCUUUGGAUGCCUGGGCAGUAUUUUCUAGGAGACCCAGAAGUAACUUCUCAGUAUAGUUAUGACUGUGUCUGCCUCUGUGACACUGUGCUGCUUUGCUAAACAGAAAUGCAGGUUGUCAGAGAAGCAAAAUGUUCUUAAGAGGUGGUGCUGCGAAUACAGAGCCUCCACACAGGUGUGCCUGACCAAGCUGAUGGCCUCUGGGUGGACACUGAUAUUUGGUAUGGGGAAGAAGGGCUAUUAGGUUUUUUGUAUGAACGCCUGGAGAGCAAAGAGAGCGAAUGGAGGGGGAUGUGGUUGGGGGGCAAGUGGAGGAGACAAGGUGGUUGGCAGUUGCACGAUAGCCUGGGUCAGGGCAUCUGACUGUGCCUUUAUAUUCUGAGUGGGGUGCUGCCCCAAGCAAAAAAAAAAAUCCAGAAAGGCACGGAGGUGUCAGAGCUAAACACUUGGUACUGGAUUUUGUUGAUGCUGGUAUAACGUGACAUGGUACAAUUACAUGCUAGAUUUUGCAUUUUCUCUAUAUAACAUCUAUUUUUCCUGAUCCUGUGCCUUUGCCGUUUGGAUAAUGCUAGGUUUUUGACUGAGUGAAUUUCACUUCUUUUGUAUUCCCAUAGUGAACAAUAUAUUAAGGUAGAUGCCCUUUAUCCCAGUACUCCUGGUAGAUUAGCUGUUAUACCUCCCUUUCCUUUUUCACAGUGAACCUGUAUUCAGUUAUUCUCACUCUGAGAACUCUCCAAUAACAAUUUCUUUUCCACGGUUAACAACAAAGCUCUGUUUUUAAAUGAAGAGAUUAAGUUCUUUUUAAAUGCUGAAAGCACAUUCUGACAAAUUUUCUACUUCUUUAGCUUUCUUGAUUUAUGAUAUAUGCAAAGCAAAUAAAUUCAAUAAAGCCUG